AUGUCAGGGAAAACAAGAGAUUUCUUUGGAACUCUUAAAUCAGUAAAUAAUUCAAUCUAGUCUAGGCUGGGAGAACCGUCUUAAAGGAAGAAAGUGCUAGUGACUGCAUUCAACCAGUUUAAAGCUAAGUAAAUUUAGUCAGUUACGUAGGUCCCUGAAACUCCUCCUCACAUCAAAAAAUAUCGUAAAUCCUACAAACACCAACACGGAUGCUCUAUUUUACACCCAGGACUUGUCGAUGCUCCUAAGCCUCAAGGCAAUUGGCUUUAUGGAAAAAAGACUGAUCCAUCUGACAAAGCUGGAGAUCUCUUCAAACAACAGCCCGAAGGAAUCAAAGAAUUGAUCAACGAAAUAAACGAAUAAAAAUAUGCCUCUCAUAUCAAAGAGCCAUUAGGUACUAUGCCCACAAGGAAUUACAAUUGGCCUGAAGAAUCCAAAUCAGAUGGCUUUGCCUUCGGUUAGAAGAUCCCUCCUUCUGAAUUUACAGCAAAAGAGGUUGUGUUUCCUCCUGACGCCAAAAGAGACGAGGAAAGUGUGAGAUUGAUGUAUUUGAAAAGUCAUGGGAAUUUCGAAGCAGGGGAAUAAAAAAAUAGAGAAUACAAGUGGAAUGUCAAUCCAACUGACUAUCGCUUUGGCAAAAAAGACGAAAGGGAAUAAGAAUAAAUGAAAAAGAUCUUACAACAUGAAUUAACACAAAAUUAAUAUCCUAAAACAACCAUCAUCUCCAAAAAUUAGGAAGAUUGGAAGAACUAUAAUGAAGAUCCUCUUGGUAAACCCAAAAAUUAGGCUUAAAUUAACUCAAGAAUGCCAGCAAUCUUUGGAGAAAUGAAAAAGGAUGAAUAAUGGACUGCCGGAUAAUGCAUUAAUGGUUAACCCACUUCAAAAGAGGUUCAACCAGACAUUGAUUUGGGCAGAGCCACUAAGUUUGGAUUCAGAAACUAAACUAAACAAGGAGAUGAAACUAGAGCUUUUGGAGUACCUACCAUUAGAAACGAUAUUGUUAAAACAGGAAUGAAAUCAGUUGCGGAUCCUUAAAAUUAUGGUGAUGAAGUUCCAGCUGUUGCAUUAUUAUUCCCAGAGAAGUUUUCACAUAUGGGAUUAACUGAAUAAGAUUUCUUAAUGUUAAGAAAUAAAAAAGACAUUAAACAAAUAUUUGAAUCUAUAGGAAUUAAAUAUGGUAUUGGAAAAUUUGAAGGUGUAUUCAAAAGAGCAAAAGAAAUCCAAAAUACAUUUGAUGAUAAAGUGUCAGUCAAAGCAUUUUAAUUGGCUGUUUAAGAGAUGCAUCACAUUGAUUGAUUUAAUAAUAACAUCUAUCUAAAUAUUUUACAAUGUUUUCCA